AAUGAGUGGGAAAGCUGGGGUAAAAUACGGAGAGGAGAAUUUAUAAUAUUUGGGGGUAGCGUUAGAAAGUUAGUGGGUUUUAGAGAGAGGCGAAUGGGAAUGGGAAUUUUGGCAAGUUGGGAGUUAAUGGAAGAAGAAGAAGAGGAGGAGGGUAGGUCCAUCCAUCAUCCCCCACCUUUGAGUCUUUGACCCAACCCCAAAGGAUAAUCUUCCUCCACUCCUGGGCCCCACCUCUUUGUGGGUCCAUUCAUUCCCCCCCUCCAUUUCCACAUUAUUAUUAUUAAUCCCCCACUUUUCCCUCUUUUCCCAAUCUUCUUCCCCACCCACCUUUAUAUACCUUAUUCCUUUUCUUACCCUAAAUCCCUUCUUCUCACUUCUCUCACUCUUCUCUCUUCUCUCUUCUCCCAUGGCCGAUAUUCAGAAACAAGAACUCGACGACGACGACGACUCUCCCUCCACCCAUCUCCCUAUCAAUCACUCCGAUUCCUCCCGAUUGGACCUUCUUCCCCUCCCUCCCAAGCAGGAGCAUCCCGACUCCCACCACUCCAACCUCCCCCCCUCCGGAAUGCAGCUCCUCAACUUCACCCCAGAUAUUGCUAAAACAGUCUCAACUCUCCCUCCCAAGAGAGCCUCUACCAAGGAUCGCCACACCAAGGUCGAGGGCAGAGGCCGGAGAAUCCGAAUUCCGGCCACCUGUGCCGCGCGUAUCUUCCAGUUGACUCGAGAGCUCGGCCACAAGUCCGACGGCGAAACUAUCCGCUGGCUUCUCGAGCGGGCCGAGCCCGCAAUCAUCGCCGCUACUGGGACUGGUACCAUUCCCGCCAUCGCCAUGUCUGUUAAUGGCACUCUCAAAAUCCCCACCACCACUUCCUCUUCUAUCCAAGAUUCCGCUGAUCCUUCCGCCGCUAAGAAGCGGCGUAAACGCCCCGCUAACAGUGACUACGUCGACGUAAGCCACGCCCUCUCCGUCUCCGUCUCCGCCUCGAACGGCGUCCUUCAGGCCGGUACCGUCCCCGGUUCCCCCGCCGUCCAACAGGCUUUUCCACCGGGCUUCGUUCCAGUGUGGGCCAUCCCAUCCAACGCCAUAAUUCCCGGGGCGGUUUUCAUGGUUCCAUCCGUGGCAUGCUCUUCCACCCGUCCACAGUUGUUCUCAUUUCCGGCUCCGGUGGCGCCGCUUAUCAGCACGACGGCGCGGCCCAUUUCCACCUUCUCGUCGAAACCAGACACGUCUCACAUUCAAUCCAGCCCCACCAAUCAAAGCUCUAGCACUUCAAGCUCCUCCGCUUCCAAGUCUCAAUCCGUCAUGGCACCGAUCUCGAGCUCCACCGCCCAGACGACCGGAAAAACGACGACGCAGAUGCUUAGAGACUUCUCGUUGGAGAUAUACAAUAAGGAAGAGCUUCAAUUCAUGUCUCGCUCAUCCUCGAAACAUUGACUAGAAGGAAAGAACGGAAACAUAAUAGAUUGGAGCUUGUAUUCCAUUCUCUCUUAGUCUGUAUCUCUCUCUCUCACCUCGUGUAAUCUAUCCGCCAUUGACAAACCAGAAAAGAAGCUUGAGUUGAGAAAAAAGGGAAGAAGGAGAAAAGUAUCUUCCUUUCUUUUAUUUCGUUGGAAGUGUAGCGGAAGGAAGGGGAAGCACGAGGGAAUCACGUGAUAGACGUGAGGAUCGAAAAGUAAAUGCACGUGUAAGGUGGGGUGGGAUUAUUUUCUUUUUAUUUUUUGGGUGAAGGGUGCAAACUGCAAAGGUGUGGGGACCAUAUCAGCGACGAGGUGGGUCAACACUACGGAAAGAGAGAGAUAUUUUUUUUUAAAACAUUUAGAAGGAAAAAAAAAAGAAGCGGGGUCCAGUUCAGUGGUGGAAACGAGUUGUGCUGCUCCGUGGACCGCGCAAGCCGGGUGUAGGGACCACUAAUUGAGCUCGUUGUGUAAUGUGAUGGAGGUGGUGGUCGGGCGGGUCCACUUGAUGGGCCCAAAGGCGGCCCUAUGGGCCUGCAUCAUGUGGUGGUCCCGGCUGCCGUGUCGUGGGUUCGGUGGUCCGAGCCAGAUGUAUGGCUGGAGGAUAAACCGACACGUGUUAGAUUGUGGGUCAGAAGAACUUAGUUAUGGACACGUGGAUGAGUGAGAUUGGUUUGGUAUCAGAUGCUUUUCUGGAAACUUAGCUGGUUAUUUUGGUGUGAGAGAGAGAGAGAGAGAGAUGAGGGAGGGAUUUGUAAAUUCAUUCUUUAGCUGAAUUCUUGAUAAUCCAUUAAUCAUUAGUUACUGCGUCACUAUAAAGAUA